UUUGAAUCAGUCUCCCUAUGACCUUUCCUUUUUUUUUUUUUUAAUUCAUUACAUUCAUUCAUGUUACAUGUGAAAAGAAAAGCACAGGAUAUUGAUGACUGGGGCUUGAAUGAUUCAUCUUCCGACUCCAGUGAUAGUAGUAGUGAUGAAGACGAUGACCAAUACAACAACAACAAACGACUCAAACCAUCAACUUCACCUUUGACCAUGCUUCCUCAUGAACUGUUAUGUGACAUCUUUAUCUUAUCAUCGAAUCCAGAUCUACCCUUGACAUGCCGUACAUUGUAUUACCAUCUUUAUAAUUGCUGUGAAUCGGUCAAGAUGCGCUGGUUACUGUAUCGACAUGACAAUGAUAUCCAGGCUGCCUUUGAAGCUGGUGUGCUGUUCCCUUUUUUUACUACUGACAUGCUUGCACGGUUCGACCUUCUAUAUCAAACAAAGAUACCCUAUACCAAGAAGAAAAUGCCACCUCAUCUGUUCAGUAGGAAAAGGACAAUAGAAACCGAUGCCAUGAUCAACCAACUUCUCAUACGCGGAGGCUCACCUGACAAACCGAAAGGAUACCCAUUGAUCAAAUGUGCUCAACUUGGACACAUGGAUCAAGUUCAACUGUUGAUUCAUCAUGGCGCCAACCCAACCUUACGUAACAAUAUGGCCUUACGUGUAUGUGCUGCUAGGAACAACAUGACCAUGGUGCUCUAUUUUUUGGACAAAUUGAACGUCACUCCUGAUUCUGAAACCCUACGUGCUUGUGUGCAAAAGAAACUAUGGAAAAUGGUACAAGUCUUGGUCGAUCAUGGUGCUGUGCCUGAUAUGAAUACUGUGAAUUUUACUUGAUUUAUCUAUUCGUUAUUCCCGCACACUAGAUUUUUUUUUUUGUACAGUUUGUAUAUUAUUAGAUCAUUCC